AUGACCCGCCUCAGCCUGAAGAAAGCGUCGAGACCUGGUUCAGAACCGGGACGAAAUCGCAUUUGGAUGAUCAUGCUGGCAAUUUGUGCUGGUGGGGCUCUGGUAUCGAUGGACUCGGUGAUCAUCGGUGUCGCUCUUCCUUUCGUCUCGGACAGCUUUGCGAUGUCAGCGACGGAAUAUGCAUGGGUCGGUUCGUCAUAUCUGCUGGGAUGCGCAUGCCUAAUGCCUGUGUGGGAGCCUGUGUCGGAGGUCUUGGGAAAAAAGAGCGUCAUGCUUGCUGGUCUGGGCCUCUUUCUCGUUGGCAGUCUAAUCUCGGCGUGCGCCCGCAACUCCAUGAUCCUCAUCAUGGGCCGUGCAAUACAGGGCAUCGGUGAAGGUGCGUUCACGGUGGUGACCAACGUCAGCAUGGCAGAUCUGUUCACCAUUCGCGAGCGAGGCCUCUACAUUGCCAUGUACUCGGGCGUCAGCUGCAUGGGAGCUGCCUUUGGGCCGCUCCUCGGCGGGGUGCUCACGAAGUAUGCCAACUGGCGCUGGUGUUUCUGGAUCAACCUUCCCGUGUGUGCGGUUGCACUCGUAUUGCUCAUAGUGGGCUAUCAAGGAGCUGGAAGUGGCUCGGACUGGUCGAAGCUGCGCACAGUGGACUGGCUCGGGAUGCUGCUGAUCACUGGCGGUACACUCCUCUUGCUGCUCGGGCUCCAGUCCGGUGGCUCCACCACAUGGCAAUCGGCAAGGACAUUGACGCUCUUGCUCGGCGGUAUUGCGGCUCUGGCGACAUUUGCUGUUGAGCAGACCCAGGUCCGCCAUCCCAUCGUCCCACUCGCACUGUUUCGUGCGCGGUCCAGCGCGGCGUGCCUCGGCGUGUGUGCCUCGCACGGCGUCACGUACAUUGGUUGCAUAUUCUACCUUCCCGUUUAUCUGUCCCUGGUGCUCGACUUGGAUGCCUUUGCCGUGGGAUGCUGGACACUAGUUAUCGCGGUGCCGACAAUUGUUGCUGGCAUCUGCGCCGCUCUCGUCAUCCAGCGAACGCAGCGCGUCCGUACUCUCAUCAUCGUGGCCGCAGCAGCACUUGCGCUCGGAACAGGCUUGUUCAUUGGCCUGGCAGUCAAGAUCAGCGUGUGGCGGCUGGUGGUAUCGCAGCUGAGUGCGGCCAUGGGCAUUUCGCCUCUGUUCCAGGCACCGUUAAUGGGCUUGCAAACGUCCAUAUCGCACGCAGAUAUCCCGCGUGCCUAUGGAUUCUAUGUCUUCCUCCGCACCUUGAGCUCGGCGAUCAGUCUGACGCUCGGACAAGUCGUCCUACAGAGCGCUCUGGAGGCGCGGACUCGGGCGCUGGUGGCACAAGGCGUCCCCACUGAGACGGCACACAGCUUGAGCCAUGACGUGACGAUAAUUCUGAGCUUCUCCGGGUCUGCGGAGCAGGUUCACGCCCUCCGAACUUCGAUGGCCCGCAGCCUCGACCGCGUGUGGAUGAUGUAUACUGCAUUCGCCAUUUUGGGCGUGGUCGGCAGCGUAUGCAUCUCAAACAAUCCACUUGUGGAGGAUGAAGACCCGCAGUGUGAUGCACACUCACCCGAGACUGAGCUGCGGGUGUUAUGA